AAUGGAGAGCCUGUCCCCAGCCCUUGCUUGUCCUUGGGUUCAUGGACGAGAGACACGGCACCCUCAGGCUGAGCAACCUCACCAAAAGCAUGUCGGGGAAGUACAUCUGCCGGGCCAGCAACACGGCCGGCUCCGACAGCUGCUCCAUCAACCUGGAGGUCCUCACCUCUACAAAUGCGGGCGUGAUCGCCGCAGCGACUCUGGGAUCGGUGGUGGGACUGGUGGCCAUGGUGCUYCUCCUCAUAUUCAUACUUAGGAGGAGGCGGGACACGGAGGAGGAACUGGCCAAUGAGAUCAAGGAGGAUGCUCAGGCACCAAAGCGAGUGUCGUGGGCGAAGAGCAACACCGGCUCGGACAACGUGUCCAAAAAUGGCACGUUGUCCUCCAUCGCCACCAGCCCUCGCUCCCGAGACCCCCAUCAAGCCAGCUUCCAGUACCCGUACUCCCCCAUGUUGGCGUCGGACACGGGCUCCGUGAUCAACGCCUACCACCUGCGACCCGGAGAGGCCAACAGCUUGCAGGGKCUUCCCGGGUACAACAUGGGAGGCACUCCGACGCGGAAACACAAGAGGCCUCCCAGUACGAACGGGGCUCCCCCGCAGGUCCUCAGAAGCCCCGCGGCGGGCUUAAGGACAGAGGGGGCUCAGCCUCAGGUGGCCCCUCCACUUCCUGCAUCCCCGCAGGUCAGCUCCUCCACUCUGACACGCAUGGGAGCGGUUGCUGUGAUGGUGCCUGUUCAGAGCCAAGCCGGCUCGCUGGUGUAGCCGGCGGGGACGCCUCUGAUGGACAACCGGAGAGAAGACUGAUCGAGGUGGACGGUGCUCAAAAGACCCGAGAGACCGCCUGAAAACGUCUCGCAAGUGGCUUCGUUUAAACAAACCGUCCCUUCGGUUUGUUUCAAAACAAAAAUCAACACGUUGAAGAGUUCACUUCCUUUUCUGCUCCUAUAUUUUGGUUUGCUGCAAAGAAUAAACAUAUUUUUAUUUGCUUAAAACAGUUGGUCUAGAUUUCAAAAUUAAAAAGGAUAGUUCAGUGAGACCCUGGACAGUUUAGCAAUAAAUAUCUUACCUGCAGUAGAUAGCCUUUUGGACCUUCAAUAGGUUUACACAAGUGAAAUUUUAUAGAUCUUUUCAUUGUCAGUUUCAUGUCAGACAAUUUGUUCAAUUCUGUGGUUAUUUGUAAGUGAAAACUGCAGCAGCAGCUAGCUGUAGCACUUUCGAUGCAGACUGGGGCACGUCCWUCAGGAAUGUUAUAUUUCUACUUGAAUAACAGAGCGAUGGGACUCAAACAUUAAAAGACUGCGUGAUAUGAAGAAAACUUGCAAAAGAAAUUUUAUUAAAAGAUUGAUUCACACAAAAAGCCAAAACAAAAGCAUUGAUUUCUCUUUCACAGACUUUGUGAAAGAGAAAUAUAUCGUCAUCCUCGGGCUGGGAGGUAUGACCUCAAAUUCAUAUCAUGGUAUAAAUUGAAUCCCUUCACGGUAACGGUAUAUAUCGCG